UCGCUUUUCUAAUCCAUCAAAGAUUCAAAAUGUUUCCAAAAUUCAAGCGGGGGCCUCUUUCAAGCUCACCGAACCCAAAGGCACAAACACACGCUCCUAAUACAAUUGACUUCGGAAAAACCUGUUCGUCCUGGCCUUGGAUUUUUCUCUCCAUUACAGAAAACCUUUUAGCACCGCCGCAACACAAAUCGAAAUUGUUGACAAAAACAUGCUCGCAGGGUUGACUACCGGAGGUCACUUGCAGCUAAAAUUUGUCAACUUGCAAAGAAGCCAUGUUCAUGAUCUGGUUGGGAGUGAACUGAACUUCUCGAUAAUUACAUCCCAUUCAAGGAGUAAGGUUAAUUGCAUUUCCACCCCACCAAAGAAAGCCGCCUUUACUCAUGAAGAACAUGAAAAGAAGUGUCCUUUAGUUAAAAUGUGCGGGAUUACCUCAGUUCGAGAUGCUUUGAUGGCAGCUGAAGUUGGUGCUAAUUUUAUUGGGAUGAUUCUUUCGCCCAACUCAAAACGUUCCAUUUCACUUUCAGUUGCAAAGGAAAUUUCGAAAGUUGCAAGAGAAUAUGAAGCAGCACCGGUAGGGGUGUUUGUGGAUGAUGAUGCAGACACAAUAUUGAGAGCCGCGGAUGCAGCAGACCUUGAAUUCGUGCAGCUUCACGGGAAAGGUUCUCGGGCAGCUUUUCGGUAUUUAAUGGGAAAAAAUCGAAUCGUGUAUGUUCUCCAUGCAAAUGAGAAUGGAAACCUUCUAAAUCAAAUUUCAGAUGAAGAAUGUUCCUUGGUUGAUUGGAUUCUCGUGGAUAGCACAACAGGUGGCAGUGGCAAAGGAUUUAACUGGACGGGGUUUGAAUUACCACCAAUCAAAAGCAAGAAUGGAUGGCUCUUGGCUGGAGGGAUUAAGCCUGAAAACGUUAGUGAAGCUCUCUCUCUCCUCAAACCUCACGGUGUUGAUGUCAGUAGUGGUAUUUGCGGCUCGGAUGGCAUUAAUAAGGAUCAAUCACGAAUAGCGUCCUUUAUGAAUGCCGUACAUUCUGUACGCUAUUGAUUGACCACAAGGAAAAAGAAACCACUCCUGACCGCGUCACUUGGAACCUGAUCUCCAAUAUGCCGGUAUUACUAUCAUCUCAUUCUAUGGAGUUAUCUAGUUGAAUAUGGAUGUAGCCCGGGUCGGGUCUGAGAUGGAAAUCCAAGCUUUUAAACUACGAGGCAGCUCCUCGAAGUGUAUUUUAAUGUAUUAUUCAAACAUUUCAGAAUGAAUAUCUAAAAAGGCGCUAAUGAUGUCUCAAACGUAA